AUGCAAAUCUUUGUCCUCUCUGUCGGCGGCGACACCCUCGCCCUCGAGGUCGCUCCGACCUCGACUAUCCGUGAUGUGAAGGAGCAACUCCAGGCGCGCCAAGGCAUCGAGGCGGAUGACCAGCGACUGUGCUACGGUCUUCAUGCUCUGGAGGACGACGAGACUCUUGGCGAGCUCGGUGUUGAGGAGGAGUCCACCCUGUAUCAGUCGCUCGAACUGCUGGGUGCAGGCAAGAAGCGUAAGAAGAAGACGUACACAAAGCCGAAGAAGCAAAAGCACAAGAAGAAGAAGGUUAAGCUUGCGGUGUUGAAGUUCUACAAAGUUGACGGAAAUGACAAGGUGACUCGUCUGCGCAAGGAGUGUCCGCGCGAGACUUGCGGCGCUGGCGUCUUCAUGGCUGCGCACAAGAACCGUACCUACUGCGGUCGAUGUGGGCUCACCUACAUUCUCAAUGCUGAGGAGUAA